UUUCCGCCUCAGCAGGGAGGCCCUGGCAGUGCUUCUAGGUCUCCUACAGCAGGAAAGGAGGCAUGGAUGGGGUGCCACAAUUGAGACCCUUGUUUUUUUGUUUUGGUUGGCCUCUGGGGCAUCAUACAGGGUGGUCUCCAGAGUUUUUGGAAUGCCCCGUUCCACUGUCCACCGCAUCAUCCGCAGAGUCACUGAGGAGGUGGUGGCCAUUCGCCAUCAGGUCAUCCGCCUCCCAACAGCUGGAGCAGAUCUGGAAGCUGUGUCUCGUGGGUUUGCAGGACUGGCAAGACACCAAGCUUUUUCCAAAGCUGCAGGUGCUAUCGACGGCUGCCAUGUCAGGAUAAAGCCACCAAGCGGCCCUGAUGGUCACUGUUACAAAAAUAGGAAAUUAUUUCCAUCAAUAAUCCUGCAGUCUGUCUGUGACCAUCAGGGCCGUUUCAUUGACACAUACGUGGGCUGGCCGGGGUCAGUUCAUGACUCCCGGGUGCUCCGGCACAGCCCACUGUACAAGAGGUCACUGUACCCUCCUCCAGGGCACUUCAUUCUGGCUGAUGGUGGGUACCCUUGCCUUCAACAUCCACUCCCCCUCAUCACUCCCUACAAACGACCGCUGCGAGGUGUGGGAGCCCAGCGCUUCAAUCACCAUCACUCCCGGGCACGCUCAAUAAUAGAGCGUGCAUUUGGGAUGAUGAAGAGCAGGUUUCGUGCCUGCAAGCGCUGGAAGUGCACCACACCUUUGCACCAUACGUCAUUACAUCAUGUGCCAUCCUCCACAACAUCUGCCUCGGGAGGAUGA